AUGCGUAAGUGUAUCAUUUGUGAAUCUCCUGAACCUGGAGAGCAGCUCAUUGACAUCGAGUACAUGAUUUCUCAGAAACUAAAUGAAAAGCUGCCAGAAAAGGAGCAAUUGCUUUGGCAUUCGCACGAAUAUGAGGCCUUGAGUGCGAAGUUCGAAAAAGUUAAAAAAAUUGAGUUCUUGCAGCUUUCCACGUUUUACAGCAAGGUAUAUCAUCUGUGGCAGAUCAAUAGGGCUGACCAAUUACCCAUGGGUGAGCCCCAAUUGAUGGCUAGUGUCACGUCCGAUAAAGCAUUGAACAAGGCGCUUCCCAGCGGCAAGGCGAAGUUGAAGGAAUCUCACAAGUCGAUAUUUGGGGAGGAUGUUGAGAGAGCGUUGAGAAGAAGGAUUGGGCCCAAGGUGUUUGAGUGUUAUGCGUUGUUGGAAGGCUGGUGA